AAUGCAUAUAUUGCAGCAAAGCACCGACUUCCGCGAUAAGUUGUUUCUAAUGUUGAGUUAUUUCGACUGUGUACGAAUGGAUUAAUUAUGGAUGUUAUAAUGAGAAACAGUUGUGUAUAAAUACAACAUACAAUGAAGUUUUUCAAUGGAACUAUGUCGCUUAAGAUCUGCGAGGCGCAUGAUCUUAAGCCAACCGACUGCUCGACUCGCCAUCAAAUAGCCAAGGGGGCUCAGUUGAUAGAUCCAUAUAUAUCUGUAGACGUAGAUGACAAUGAAGUUGCUAGAACCACCACAAAAACGAAAACUUUGACUCCUGUGUGGAACGAGAAUUUUGUGACCGAAGUGCAUAACGGACGAACGAUAGGACUUACGGUUUUCCAUGAUGCGGCCAUUCCCCCCGACGAUUUUGUUGCAAAUUGUUCGAUCCCAUUCGAAGAAAUCAAGGAAAAAUCUAACGAUUUAUGGGUCGAUUUGGAACCAAAUGGACAAAUACACAUUAUAUUGGAAUUACAGGGCUCUACAUCUGAAGAACCCCCAAAGGAAAGAGUAUUUAAAGAAAAGGAUGGUUUACUCAAUCGCAGACGUGGGGCAAUGCGUAGACGGGUUCAUCAAGUCAAUGGACACAAAUUCAUGGCCACACUCCUGCGUCAGCCCACUUUCUGCUCAUUGUGUCGGGAUUUUAUAUGGGGACUUUGGAAUCAAGGUUAUCAAUGUCAAGUGUGUACAUGUGUGGUCCAUAAACGCUGCCACAACAGUGUAGUUACCAAAUGUCCAGGCUCAAAGGACGACGCAAGUGUGGAGCAGGUACCACGGGUGAAGAUUAAUGUUCCACAUCGUUUCAAUGUACACAAUUAUAAAAGACCAACAUUCUGUGACCACUGUGGCUCCUUAUUGUAUGGUAUUGUUAAACAAGGGGAGCAAUGUGGAGAUUGCAAAAUAAAUGUUCACAAAAGGUGCAAGAAAAAUGUUGCAAAUAAUUGUGGACUAAAUUCAAAACAGCUGGCAAAGGUGAUACAAGAAAUUGGACUUACACCUGGCAAUACAAGAAAAAAGCCAUCAAUAAGUACAGAAUCUCCGAACAAGGAUAAACAGGGGCGCUUGACAUCUCCUCUUCCCGAACUAGAAAAAAAGAAAAACGGGAACAAAAAAAUUCCCUACAUGCGGAGUCACACAGUUGCUAAUCUGAUAGAUAAAAAAGAGGUAGAAAUCUCAAAAGACAAAAAGAGAAAUGAUGGGAAUGAUGAGUAUCCAGAGGACAGUGAUCAGAAUACGCUUUCCGCUGACGACAUGUGUUUAAGUCGUGGGCGAAGUCCGUCACAGGACAGAUCAGGCCAAAGACGGGCAGAUAGAAUCGGCCUCAAAGAUUUUGUCUUUAUCAAAGUUUUGGGUAAAGGCAGUUUUGGCAAGGUAAUGUUAGCUGAGAAGAAGGGUACAGAUGAAGUCUUAGCUGUAAAAGUUCUUAAAAAAGAAACAAUAUUACAAGAUGAUGAUGUAGAAUGCACCAUGACAGAAAAGAGAAUCCUGGCUCUUUCUGCCAAGCAUCCCUUCCUCACGGCACUUCAUUCAUGCUUCCAAACAAGGGACCGAUUAUUUUUUGUGAUGGAGUAUGUAAAUGGUGGUGAUUUAAUGUUCCAAAUUCAACGAGCUCGUAAAUUUGAUGAACCAAGAGCGAGAUUUUACGCUGCAGAAGUGACUCUUGCUCUUAUGUUUCUUCAUCGAAAUGGAAUAAUUUAUAGGGAUCUGAAAUUAGAUAACAUAUUAUUAGAUGCCGAGGGCCAUUGUAAAAUAGCAGAUUUUGGUAUGUGUAAAGAAGGAAUGUUUGAGAGCAAAGUAACACAGACAUUCUGUGGCACACCAGAUUACAUAGCACCAGAGAUCUUACAGGAGCUAGAUUAUGAUGCCUCUGUAGACUGGUGGGCAUUAGGAGUCCUGAUGUAUGAAAUGAUGGCUGGUCAGCCUCCAUUUGAAGCAGAUAAUGAGGAGGACUUGUUUGAGUCUAUCCUCCAUGACGAUGUUCUCUACCCUGUUUGGCUCAGUAAAGAAGCAGUACAGAUCCUCAGAGGGUUCAUGACAAAGAAUCCCGCCAAGAGACUUGGAUGUGUAAAGGAUCAUGGAGGGGAAAAGGGAAUCUUAACUAACCCAUUUUUCCAUGAGAAAAUUGACUGGGAUCUGCUAGAAAAAAGACAAAUAAAACCUCCAUUUAAACCUAAAAUUAAAUCAAGAACAGAUGCCAACAACUUUGACAAAGACUUUACUUCCGAGGAACCAACACUAACUCCAGUGGACCCAGCUGUUGUGAAAACAAUCAACCAAGAAGAAUUCCAUGGCUUCUCAUUUAUUAAUCCUGACUAUGGAAAACUGUCCUAUUGUCCGACAUCGGAUAUUCAUUGACCCCUGUUAAUUUUAAAGAAAGAUUGUGAUGACCCCCUCCCCCUCCUUGCUCCCCGACAGAUCAAUAACUGGCAGAAAACAGACUAAAGAAUGAUUCAGAGUAAAAGUGAGAAGGAGUAUUCUGACAGAAAUACAUUAAACUUUCCUUUUUUAACUGAAGUAACUUUGUAAAAUGAAAUUACUUUGGGUAGUUACAGAUGAACCAAUAUUUCCAUAUAUUCCAGCAAUUUGUUGUGGUGUGUCACCAGUUCUCUAGUUUAUACCCCUUCAUUGUUUUUCUUUUUCAGCCUCUUCAUUCAAUACCUCAGUUCUUUGACUUGUUAGAACUUAAAAACAAAACCUAGUCAUGGCCACAUAUGAUGCUGUAUAUGUUUUAUACAUGUUGACAUCACAGAUCAAUUUCUCAUGCCUUUAUUCAGAAAACUUUUUUUUACAUUUCAUUUUCUGAGUCUUUUUAUGAAAAUUCAACUUCAGAGAUGUAAUUCUUUUUCCAUGGUGUAUAUUUCUUAUUUACAUAAUUUUUUUUAUCAGAUGAUAAAUGUAUUUAUGAUAAGAUUUUUCUGGAAGUUUACACAAAAGAUUUUUUUUUUUUUUAAUUAGAAUGGCAUUUGUACUGUUGGAGAUCACAUUUUUACAAUAUGAGUGAAAGCUGAGACUAGAUUGGUUUAUUGCUUCUAAACUUAAAUUGUACAUAUACAUGUACAUUGUAAAAUAGAUAAGCAUUGGCCAAAUGACAGCAACCUUAUUUAUAUACAUGUCUUUGAAUAUAUUCUAGUCAAAUUGCAUCCGGUGUAAAAAUUCAAUGAUACAGUUAUGAAUUUCUUACACAGGUGCUAUUUAAGUAUUUUUUUUUCACUUGCAUAUCUAAUACCAACAAGGAAAUUUUGAAUUAUAUUGUUUACACACAAAUAAAUUAAGUGUUAAUAAGGUAUAGAAAGUUACCUGAAAUGAAUACUUGAAUGGACAAAAGUCUAUGGUGUCAUGUAAAACAUAUUUAACUUAAGACUAUCUUGUUCCCUGUUCUUAUAAAUCUGGGUUAUAACCUUCUUAUAACUCUGGGUUAUAACCCAGUAUUCAGAUGUUAUCAUAAUCUGGUAAUGAUCUCAUAUUUUUUUUUCUUUGAUAUCAAAUUGCAUUUCAGUAAGUGCUAGUAGGAGGAAUGAAUAUCUGAAGAUUCAAACAUAAUACCAGUUAAAUGAAGUUUAUGGUUUAAGUUUAGGUGAUGUGUGGUAUUCCAUGCAAACCCAUGUACCUCUUAAGAAUUAUGAUUCCUUGACAGUGAAUUUAUGAGGUGUAUACAAACAUCACAAAGCUGUAGUUCCAUUAUAGAGAAGAAAUUUAGCUUGGCAUUCCUUUGCAUGAUUUAUGAACAAGUUCUGAAAGCUGUUGAAUGCUCUGUGCUUUCCUGGAUCUGUGCUUUUCCAUGAUGGAAAAGAAUAAACUUGCUUAAAUUUUGGCAUAAAUAAUGAUAAAUUGAAUGAAAGCUUAACUUGUGUAUGCAAGUUAUGGUAGUUGACCUCCAAGCAAAAACUUUGAAAUUAAGAUGAUUUAUUAAAAAUUCAGUAGAUAACUUAAGAUCUGAUGAUUUUUUUUUAUUUAUGUGAUUACUAUAGCUACAUGUAUCUUAAAAAUAUAGAUUAAUUUAUUGAAUUUCAUUGACAAAGGGUUGCCACUGAUGAAUGCAAAUCUUUUCAGAAUGGUUUUGCAUCUGAAAAAAGCUUUCAUUCCUUAACUUGAUUUCACAGCAUUGCUUUAUCUUGCAUUGAAGUUGUAGGGCUCAGUAGAAUUUUUGCAGGAUAUAUUUUAUUUCAACGGUUUGUGAAACAGUAUUUCACUCAAAUCCUGUAUGUUUAUAAGUUAUGUUGAGCAUCGUGCUGAAAUGGAAUACAGGGAUAUAACAUAGGAUACAUGGAGCAUACGGAGAGAUGAGAGAAGAAGUUUUUUGAGAUUGUUUAUGAAAAUAGUCAGAUUUUCUCCAGAGAUAUUUGUUGAUGUCUUUCCUGCUUUACAUUAACUUUUUCAUAUUUUUAGAAUAAUUGGCAGACUGAAAUUUCUUUAUAUCAAAUGAUACGUUUUUAUGUGGGUGUAAAUUUUAAAUAGGGUUGCAAAUGAUCAGUGCAAUAUUUUUUAGUUGUUUUAUUGUUUUUAAUUGGUUUUAUAGAUGGAGAAAACCUUGUUUAUGCAUGUAUUUGUGAAUGGAAGCAGAGUGCUGGUACUGUAACAUACACUUUUUAAAUUUCUUUAUUGAGAAUUGAGAUUUUAAAAAUACAUGUACCAAAUCCUCAAAACAUGUUUUUAAUAUAAGUUGCAAGUCUUCAAUUUGUGGAAUUGUAUAUGUACAUGUUACUGCAGAUCUUUCAAUAAUUGUUUCCCAGAUGAAUUUUACCUUUGAUACAGUGUACUUUAUGUUAGGUCUUGAAAGUACUUGCACAUUUUUGUAUUGGGACAAUCUCCAUUGCUUUCUUUUUUUUGACCACAUUUAUAAUUAUAAACAUUCGAUUUUUGUUAACAUUAAAAAUGAUGAAAGUUAAAGGUAUUCUGUCCUUAAAUGAAUGUGCUGUAACAUAUGCAAAUUAAUACAAAGAAAAUGAGUAAAAUGUUAUUUUUCCUGCCAUGUGAUAGAUUAUUAUGUAAGAUUUAACAAACUGCCACAUGAAUUGAUAUACAAUGAUAUUAUUACCUUUGUUAUCACAGCUUUCAACUUUCCAAAAGACAAAAAUGAUGUGCAAUGCUUCCUGUCUAGGGGUAAAUGCCUCAUGGGUGAAACAUGGUUAAAUGGUAUUAUUUUGCACGAAGAACAUUGUAAUGUACAACUGAAUAAUGCUGGAUAAGCACACUGUGAGAAGGUAACAGACAGUCAUUUAUUAGAGCUACCCUGAUCAGUAUUGAGUGUAAUCAUGUCAUUUUCUAGCAACUUGCAAGUAAUUUUCUAGUGACUUUCAAGUUAAUGCAGACAAUGUGUACUAUAUGUAUAAAUCAUUUUAUAGUACUCUGUGAAAGCUUGUUUUUGUUUGGAUUUUUAAAUUCCAUAUCAUUUUAAGAAAGAGUCUAUCUGUGACACAUGUCUCAUUAAUUCCAUUGUUCAUUUUACCAUAGAGUUCAGCAACCUCUAACAAAGGUUUUAAGUUGUAUAAUAAAUGUAAUAAUCUGAA